GAGGAAGCGACACAGAAGAGAGAGAGAGAGAGUGAGCGCGCGCGCCAACAAGCAGCAGGAACACAACGGAAGAGAGCCGGAUGCGCUCGCGCAGCUGAUUUCUCCGUUCUGACACGAUAAUGUCCGCCUCAGCGUCGCUAGUUUUCCUCAGGUUUCCGUUCCCCGGGGCCUGAAUGGCGUUGGUAACCGUCCAGAGGUCGCCUACUCCGAGCGCGACAUCCAGCCCUUGCGUUUCGGAGUCUGGCAGUGGGGAGGAUGAUCGCCGAUCUCAGCCCAGAAGCAUUAGCGAGAGCUUUCUAACAGUGAAAGGCGCCGCGCUCUUCCUCCCAAGGGGAAAUGGCUCCUCCUCCUCAUCCAUCUGCUCCUCACGGAUCACAGGACAGCGUAGCAAGCAUGCAGGAGAUCUUCAGCAGCACCUGCAGACCAUGUUCACUCUGCUGCGGCCUGAGGACAACAUCCGUCUGGCGGUGCGGUUGGAAAGCGUGCACCCUCAGUGCACACGCUACAUGGUUAUAGUGACCACAAAUGGACGGCAGGACACUGAGGAGAGCGUGGUGUUGGGUAUGGACUUCAGCCCCUCGGACAGUUCUUGUUCAAUAGGCCUGGUGCUUCCUCUGUGGAGUGACACACUGAUCCAUUUAGAUGGAGAUGGAGGGUUCAGCGUAUCCACAGACAACAGAAUCCACGUUUUCAAACCCGUCUCAGUCCAGGCCAUGUGGUCGGCUCUGCAGUCUCUCCAUAAGGCAUGUGAGGUAGCACGCUGCCAUAACUACUUCCCAGGCAGCCUCUUCCUGACCUGGGUCAGCUACUACCAGAGCCGCGUGUCCUCAGACCAGGUCCGCAUCAAUGAGUGGAACGCCAUGCAGGACGUGCAGUCGCACCGCGCUGACUCACCGGUGCUCUUCUCUGACGUGCCAACGGAGCGAGAGAGAACGGAGCGACUCAUCAAGACACGUCUACGAGAGAUCAUGAUGCAGAAAGACCUGGAGAAUGUCACCUCGAAAGAGAUCCGCACAGAGCUGGAAAUGCAGAUGGGCUGUAACCUGCGAGAGUUUAAAGAGUACAUCGACAAUGAGAUGAUCGUCAUCCUGGGUCAGAUGGACAGCCCUACUGAGAUUUUUGAGCAUGUGUACCUGGGCUCGGAAUGGAACGCGUCUAAUCUAGAAGAGCUACAGAACAGCGGAGUUCAGUAUAUCCUCAACGUGACACGGGAGAUUGAUAACUUCUUUCCCGGUCUGUUUGAGUACCACAACAUCCGCGUGUACGACGAAGAGGCCACGGAUUUGUUGGCGUACUGGAACGACACAUAUAAAUUCAUCUCCAGAGCCAAGAAAGCAGGAGCCAAGUGUCUGGUGCACUGUAAGAUGGGCGUGAGCCGCUCGGCCUCCACUGUGAUAGCCUACGCCAUGAAGGAGUACGGCUGGGAUCUGGAGCAAGCCUUCGACUAUGUCAAAGAGCGCCGUGCUGUAACCAAGCCCAACCCGUCCUUUAUGAGGCAGCUAGAGGAGUACCAGGGCAUCCUGUUGGCCAGCAGGCAGAGGCACAACAAGCUGUGGCGUUCCCAUUCGGACAGCAACCUGUCUGAGCUCCAUGAGCCGCUGGUUAAAACCCCUGCAGCACAGUCGCUGGGCCGGUCCAACCCUCGCAACCAGAGCAGCAGCCAGCCGUCUCCGUCGCUGCAGGAGCUCCUCCAGACUCUCGGCCCUUCCUCGGCCCCUGCGGCAGGGCAGAAAGACCGCGAGAGGGCAGUGCCUUUCGCAAACGGGCUAGGAAACUCUGAAGAAAGUCUCGCUGCUGAAGAUCCAUCCCUGCUCCCUAAACCCAGAGCAGCUACAGUAGUGCCUGGUGUCCGACCCAAUUCGGCGCCCGUGAACAUGGCGGAGACGGUCCCGGUGAGCCGGCCUCAUCCACCCGCUGCUCUUCAUCACCCCGCCUCAUCGCCCCUUCAACCACUCAGCCACAAUCAGCCAGAGGUGUGCUCCCCUCACAGAACAGGGUGUGUUAGGAGUAGAACCCCUGAGCCAAGCAGACAAGCCCCAAACUCCUCCUCCUCUUCCUCCUCCUCCUCCUCCUCCUCAGCUGCAGGGCAGCACAUACAGGUGCCUGAGCUCAGGCAAAAAUUCAGCCAGCAAGUGCCUGACGCAGAUGUGGACUGUGCAGGGCAAGGUCACGCCAAGGACAAUAACCACCACCAACACCCCAGUGCCACGAUACAGGAAGCAGGCCUUUCUGCCUCACCUCCAUCAGCUCUGAGCUCCGACCGCAUCGAUUUCUUCAGUGCCAGAGAGAAAUUCCUCGGCCUCUCUCAGGAGGCGCAAAGCCGUGCGAGUUCCGAGCAGACGCUCCGAGAUAAAAGCCCAAACCAGGAGUCGAAGCUCAUGUUUCCUGAGCAUCCUGUUAAAGGGGAGGAGGAACAGAAAAAGGAGAACUCCAGUGUUCUGGUUUAUAACACGGUCUCACAAUUAGAGACCACAAGACCUAGCGUAACUCCUCCUCCUCCUUCUACCAGCCAACCUGAUCCCAGUAGCUUAAAGGAGGAGGAGGAGCUAGUCAAAAACUCACCAGAAGUGGAGAAGGUGGAGCUCGGAGAGGCCCUCGAAGGUGAUCGGUCAAAGGGUACAGUGCGGCGAGCCACUAGGCAGCUAGAACAGAAGAUGAAGCAAGACGCUUCAUCGCCGACGCUGCUAUCGAGUGCUCUUAGCUGUCCUUCGCAGCAUUCCGUUGUUAGCACCAGCAGCAGAGACAGAACUGAGAACACUUCAUCUCAUGUAGACCUCUUCCUCGAUUCAAGCACUGUGCCAGCCCACCACCAUCAACCUGAGGAAACGGCGGAGAAGGAGGAACCGUCGUCUGUAGAAGAAGGGAUGGGAAAAGGGUGCAAGAUAAGACUCAGGGAAGAAGAGCACGGACACACUGGAUUUCUCGAGAGCCUGUCACACUUGAAGCAAAGCCAUUCCACUCCAUCCAGGUCUUCUUCAGAGAUGGCUGUUUUUAAGUUAGAGGGGGUCACAGAGAAAGAGACGAGCACUGACUGCCUUUCGCAAGACGACCUGAAGGAGAUGUUGGAGACUCUGAGACAGCUCGGUGCGUUCCUGUGCCAGAUGCGCAGCGGAUCGGACAAGAGGCUCAGCCACCCUUGGGCUGGGAAAGAACAGAAAAGAGGGUGGAGCGGUCAAGAACGAGCUAGAGAGGUAAAGGCAAGAAUGCGUCAAGCUGGCCUGACCCCGCCUUCACUGAUCAAGAGAUCGGCCUCACUGGCUAAGCUCGGCUCCCUCGACCUGUCGGCUAACGAUCUGAGCGAGCUGGAGUUGAGUCCCAUGUCGUCGUCAUUGUCAUCGUCGUCAUCAUUGCCACGCACUGCAAAGCCACGCCCUCACUCUUUUACCGAUGAUACCUCAAAAAAGAAGCGGGUUCUCCCCAGACGAACACCCUCCCUCCCUCCGUCUUGCACAUCUCGCCUCCCUUCUACUGGAUCACACUUGGAUAAAAGGUUGGAAAACUGCCAGACUGGAGAAGUACAGCACAAGGUCCCCAUGCCACUACCAUCGUCCAACGAGUGCUGGAGACGAGGAACGGUUCCAGAACCAGUGCCAGCGCCUGCCUUAAUAUCUGUGGCGACACUGCAACAAUAUGGAAGGACUCAUCCCUUGAGGAGGCUGAAAAAACGAACCUCGAACUCCUACUAUCACACCAUGUGACCCAGGCUGUUUUUUUUUUUUUUUUUUUUUUUUAAAUUGUGCGUUUGUGCUGCGUGUGCAUGAUUUUCUUCCACACAUACCUCAGUGGGCCUUACUUUACAAAACCAGAAAUAAAACAAAACUGCCAGGUGUCCGUGUCAUCAAAUACUCAAUAAAGAGUACAAAGUUAGAGAUUAGAGAAGUUACUGGGCUUUGUGAUGGGGUUGAUGGGGCAGGUUUGAAUCCCAGACCUAUCAGCAACGUAUAGCAGUUCUGUGUUUUUUUUUAAAUGACUGAUCCACACUUUGCACAAUAUCUGUCAAAUAGUUUAUUACACACAAGUGAUAAAUGUCGAGGUUUCUCUCAGCCUGCAGGAUCACACUGCAGAAUGCUCUUCAACUGAAAUAGAUUCUCCAUUGUCUGGGGAUUUAGUGUGUGUGUGUGUGUGUGUGAGAGUGUGUGUGAGUUAAAGAGACGCGGAUGAAUAAAUAUUAAAAUACUUUCAGAUAUGUCUGUAAUGUAACGGAGUGCAAAGUUAUUCCGGAUGUGUGAUUAGUGUGCAUGUUAAGCUCAAUUAAGAAUGGGAUAAGUCGUACGGUACGUAGAACGUAGAUCUCUGGGGCUUAGUGGAUGUAUGUAUAGAUGAAUUUUUAAUGGAUGUGUAUGACUGUAGAUGUAAACAUGUGCGCGCACCUUCUUUUCCGUGUUCGAUACUUAAGUGCAGUUUCUCCUUUCUGGGUUUUUUGUUUAAUGGAUAAACAAAUGCGAGGGAGUUUUUAAUAUGCACUUUAUCUUUUUUAUUAUGUUUUACAUUUUUUAAUCUGUGGUUUGUAAUCUGGACGCAUGCUGGCUGAGUGUGUAUUUAGGGUUGUCUGUAUGAUGCAAUGUGCAAUUUGGUCUUUUUUUUUUUUUUUCUCCUGUUCCUUGUAAAACUGGAUUUUCUUUUUACUCUGCUUAAACUGUGACAAUUAAAGAAAGUUUAA